GUUAAAUUUGAGUACUUUGACAAAAAAUAAAACAAUUUAAAAUGUUGUUUAUUUUUAUAAAUGAGUGCAUUUAGUUGCAAAUAUAAUUUUGCAUUAUAAAGUGCAGCGAUAAAAGCUUCCUGGUCUUUUAUACACCAACAGAUAUUCAUAAAUAAAUCAUGGCAACCGCGGUCGCAACAAUACAGAAAAAAACUGCAACUACCAACCCUGGACCAGGUGGUGUUCGUAAGAAAUCUGGACCUAAAUUUGAGCUAACCGAAGAACAAAAAAGAGACAUCAAAGAAGCAUUUGAUUUAUUUGAUACAGAAAAUACUGGAAAAAUCGACACCAAAGAACUUAAAGUGGCAAUUCGAGCCCUUGGUUUCGAACCAAAAAAAGAAGAAAUAAAAAAAAUGAUUGCAGAGAUAGAUAAAGGUGAUGGGAAAGUAUCAUUUGAUGACUUUAUGGAACUCAUGUCAGUGAAGAUGGCAGAAAAAGAUACCAGGGAGGAAAUCAUGAAAGCAUUUAAACUGUUUGAUGAUGACGAAACUGGUAAAAUUUCAUUCAAAAAUUUGAAGAGAGUUGCAAAGGAACUUGGUGAAAAUCUCACAGAUGAAGAACUGCAUGAAAUGAUAGAUGAAGCUGAUAGAGAUGGGGAUGGUGAAAUAAAUCAAGAGGAAUUCUUGCGUAUCAUGAAAAAGACUAGUCUCUAUUAAAUAUAUAUUUAUAAAAAGUACAAAACUAGAUCUCUAGACAUAAUUUUAAUAUUACCAGAAUUCUUUUAAAAAUAGUAAUUUAAGAUUUUAUUUCAAACAUUGAAUGUUUGCUACCUCAGUUUUAAGUAUAAUAUUUUAUGUACAGGUUUGUUUAUCUUUUUAUUUUGCUAAUCUAAAUACCUGAAAGAAAAAAAUAGGCCUAAUAGUAUUUCUUAUUCUGAAGUUACACCUCAUGAGUUUCUACUGCAAACAAAUUAAAUACAUUCCAAUUUAAAGAGUAAAUGUUAUAACUAUAUAUAUGAAACUAUUAAAAAUAUAUUUCUCACUAAUAAUUAAUAUUUAUCACUUAAAUUAUGUACUAAAAUAGUUAACCAAACAAAUUUAGUAAAGUAAUCUGUAUGUUUUAAACACUACAUAAAUAUGCCAAUUACAAACUA